CUAGUUUGGUUUGGUUUGAGAUGAGUGUCGAGUAUGUCCACAUAUUGUUAUCGACCUGCAAGUUUACACCGACGUCCGAAUCCGAGGGGGCUUGGGCCAUUGCGUCACUACCGUAGUACCCAUAGCCCUGACCAGUUCUAGGCUGUGCAACAUCAUUAUACCAUUCGAAAUCUAACCACCACGAGCACUCCAAUGGCCGCACGGCUGCCCAUCGAGCAGGAUCGCGGGCCUGCCUUAUCAGAAGACGGCCUACCGACUUAUGAACAUCUGGCCGAGCAAGAAGGGCCUCAAUCGAGGUUUGGUCGAUGGGCAGGAUGGAUAGAGAAGAGAGCGUUAGAGCGGCAUGCGGCUAUCACUCCGGAGGAACGCGCACGACGGAGAGCGCGGGGAUGGGGAAAUGACGAAAUGGACGCUCUAGAUCCCGAACCGCCAACUCCGACGCCAGACUUGUCUCGUCUAUCCAUCCAAACGGACGCAUACUCUUUACUAUCCGAACCACCACCCGGGCCCGACUCCCCGCUCCCGCGUCUACCUGUCGUCAGUACGCACCUCCACCCGACGCACCUCAAAAUGAAUCAUUUCGGAUCCCGAUUUCUGCCUCAUUCCACUGCCCCAAUUCGAUGUCUUCUCCCGCUACAAGCCGACCAAUUAUUGCUGAUUGGACAUGACGAAGGAUUAUCUGUUCUGGACAUGUUCCCGCAGGACUGGACUGAGGAUGGCCACAUUCAGGCGAAGGGUCCUGAAGAUGCCAGAGUGUAUCCUCUCUGGGUAGGUGAAAGUGUGUUCCAGAUGUCGUUUCUAGAGCAAGAUGAGAACAGCGGAGUGGUCCUUGUGCUUGUCGGACCUGAGUCUGAAUCCCCCGGGGCCAGAGAGACUGAGCAUCAACGUGUAGUGAGAAUGUACAAGCUCGCGUCCUUGCUCAGUCUCGCCAAGUAUGCUGUGGCGCACAAGGGGUCCAAUCCCGUCAGUCUGGACACUUUCGCGACAUUGCAGACGACACCCAAGAAACAUCGGCCAACAAGCAGCAUCGCGCGAGGGCUCAAAUCUCUCAUUCCCCCAAGCACCACGGAGAACUCGGCGCAGUCAUAUCAAGCUCUCCUCUCGCCUGCGCCAUCGCUUUCAGCCUCUCGCGCGGGACCUCAACGCAUCAACUCGGAUGAAUCGACGCGUAGCUGGGAGGUCGUCGACGACCUUCCGAUGCGCUGGGCACGAGAUUUUGUGCCUCUUGCCGCUCCAGGGUCCCGCUUAUUUGGACAGUCUGUGAUCACGUUCUCUUUGUGGGACAAGAGUGAAGGAGGAGGCGUGGGCGGACUGGGGCCUCCUCGUGGCCAGUUUUUGGCCAUCGCGACCAAGAACAAUAUCCUGCUGUACGAGACGCCACCCAACGAACGCGCCUUCCAGUUCGUCAAGGAAUUCUACACUCCAUUGCAGUCAAAGUCGAUCACCUUCUUCCAGCAGACCGUACACGACGUUGUUGCGCCAGAGCGACAUCGACGGACGCCCAGUCGGGGCAGUCAAACGACCAGCUACUCCACACAGCUCUCGAUCUUCGUCGUAUUCGAGAAGAAAGCGGGGUGGAUUCGCCUGGCAGAUUCGGCUGUCGGGGAAAUGGAGCUAUUCGACCAUGGAUUCAGUGCGGGCGCGUCUUUGGCGCACAACCGAACGCUGUCCGUCGCUGGCUCCGGUACUCCUCGACGGCAUGCAUCGGCCAUCGCUGACGGGUCAGCUGGAACGGCGCGCUGGAUUCCUCCCACCAGAUGCGAGCUGCCGAAUGGUCGCAGCGUGUAUCUCCUGACUCGCGGAUCGGUCACUCACGUGGCUCCAUCACCGCUCUCAUCCCAUACCACGGGGACAGUCCCCCUGGGGACCGUCCCUUGGAGAACUGCUCCCUCUUGGGUCGUAGGUCGGGUCAGCCCUUCUGAGGAAGGGCUGUUACAGCUCACCGCUCUCGGUGAGGGGAGUAUUGAAGUUGUCGAACUGCCCAUUGCGUCCUUGUUGACGACCAAGGGCAGCAAAGGCAAGGGGAAGGACAUGACGCUCCGCGUCGAGGAGGAUGCCGGGGGAGAGACAGGGUUCUUGUGUGCCGGCGGGUACUGGGACCAGUCUGAAGAACCUGGCCUCCAUCGCACCUACUCGACAGCCUCAUACUCCAGCACAGACUCCGAGGAAGUGGCCCUACGUUACAGACGACAAGUAGGCUUUUAUGGCUGGUGCCGCAAGGGGCUAUCGGAUUGGCGUGUUUUCUGGCUGGGUGGGACUUUUGAAGACAUGUGAUCUGAAUCUAUGCACGGAAUCUCAUGAUUGUUUGGGGCCGCCCUGUAGCUGGUCACAAAUACAUACAUUUUCCUCCACAGCGUCCUAGACUUCAUGAAGUCGAUAUUCGUCCAUCAAAGCGGUAAUACCCAAAUCGUGUCCAUCUUUGGGAACGAUCUACAAGGCAAGUGAUCAAGCGGAAUACAGGUGCGAUCACGUGGACCAUGUAUUUACGAGUCAGUGAAUGAGUAUUUCGCGAUGCGAAUUCACCCAGGGUGCCAUGUCGGAUAAUGGUAGCCGAUCGUAGAGUGCAAG